AAGUGUCAAGAAAAAAGGCAGUAUUGGAGUUCUAGGAUUUCGGGCUCAUCAACACCCGGCGAUGGUUAUCAUUCUCCUCCUCUUAAUCAUGUCGUAGGAGAUUCGAGACACGAUGAAUCCGGCUUAAAUCCGGCACCAGCAGUAAUGUCAUCGUCAUCUCGGCGAAAUAACCACCGCUGGGAUCACAUUGAAGAUCCAGAUAGGUUCUUCACUUUGGUUUACGAAUAUCAUCAAGGUGGCGGUUUUUUGACAAUUGCUCUGAAGAAGAUGUUAAGUUUGGCGCAGUUCGUGUUUGUUGUAACGUUCUCGACAUUUUUCACGCAGUGCGUCGAUUAUGACGUUCUUUUUGCUAACAAGAAUGUAACCAGCAUGGGUGAUAAAAUAACGGGAAAACGAAGCUUCAAUGACGCCGUGAUUAGGAAUUGCUCAAGUCAUCUUCAUCCUUUUGUCGUUUUUUCAAUACUCGUGGCGAUCAUUUUUUGGAUUUCGCGUGUGGUCAAAACAACGUAUUAUUUACUUCAGUUACAUGAGAUCCAACUGUUUUACCGUUCUGAGCUGCGUAUUGAUGACGCACAGCUUUCGAAUCUUACGUGGCAUGCUGUUGUCAAACGUAUCUGUGAAGUUCAAAAGCGUUUACAGUUAAUUGUUGAUCGAGAGCACGUUACUCCUAUAGACCUUUACAAUCGUAUUCUCCGGUUUAAGAAUUAUCUGGUUGCACUAGUGAAUACAGUAAAAUCAAUGUGCCUUUUAUUGGACCUAUCCACUUCCCCAUGGACUGGACCUUAUUUGAAAGCAGAAUAUAAGGAUCUCGAUAAUCUUGAAGCAUUAACGAGACAGAUGGAGAAGGAUGUUAGUACAUCAGACUUCAGUAUUGUUCUCAUUCUUCACACUAUCAGACUGAAUCAUGAACUAGCAGCGCGUUUGAACAGGUCGCAUAUUUUCGCAAAUGCUUAUCUCAACCAAUUCUAUUCCACGUUAACAGAAAUUUUCGCAAAGAAUAUUGCAUUUAUCGCCGGAGCAAUUGCUGGUGUGUUGACAAUUCUUUCUGCUUGGGACGAAGAUGUGUUGCAGGUCGAACAUGUUCUAACGGUGAUCUCCAUCUGUGGUAUAAUCAUAGUAGUCUGCCAUGGGUUGAUUUCUGACGAGAAUCUCGUUUGGCAGCCGGAAGUGCUGCUGACCAAUGUUGCUAGCGAACUGCACUACGUGCCUUCAGAGUGGAAAGGGAAGGCACAUACCGAUAAAGUUCGUCGUGAAUUCGAGCAGCUGUUCCAACUGAAGUGGGUGUUUUUGGUGCACGAGUUAACUAGUCCAAUUCUCACACCGUUUGUUCUUCUGUUUUGGAUUCGUCCAAACUGCCGUGAAUUGGUGAGAUUUUUCCACGAUAAUACAGUGCGGGUUGAAGGUUUGGGAGACGUGUGCUCAUUUGCGCUAAUGGAUGUGGCAAAACAUGGUGAUGAGAAAUGGAAUGGAUCUGGCUUAAACCCCACAUCUAUUCCUGCUUGUGAUGGAAAAACAGAGCUUUCUGUUCUGCAUUUCGCUUCAACGAAUCCUGAAUGGAAACCUCCACUUGCUAGUGCGCAGUUUCUGCAAAGAUUUAAAACUAGGGUCAGUGUUUCUGCACACUUUCUGUUUCGUGGUGGUAUUGUUCCCUAG